AAACCACUAAGUUGCUUUAGUAUGAAGUUUGAGCAGUGAGUGGAGUGCAGUGGAGAGAAAAGAAUAUUAUGCGCUGGGUACACGGUUAUAGCAUGCGCGCUCCUGCACGUUAGAGAAGUGCGGUGGUUAGAUCUCGGAAAUCGCCGUUACAUAAAUAACAGUUGGUAACUGAAGCAGUAGCAGAAGCAGUACCACGCUGCUUCAAUGCAUUUCGCCAAUUUAGAAAUUUCGCUCAAUCCCUUACCAAAAUCUCGCUUCACCUUUUCGCACUACGCUACAAUUCGUAGCCAUUAUCAUUUCUAAGUUGCAUCCAAGUUGUAGGUGGCUUUGGGUAGUUUGCGAUGGAUCGACGCUGGCCUUGGAAGAAAAAAUCAUCGGAGAAGUCUGUGAUUGAGAAAGCAGCUACUGCAUUGGAUUCCUCCGAUGCUUCCAACAACCAGGAAACCAACAAGAAACCGAACUACAUCCAAAUCUCUGUGGAAUCUUAUUCACAUCUAUCUGGUUUGGAGGAUCAAGUGAAGACAUAUGAGGAAAAAGUUCAGACAUAUGAGGAAAAAGUUCAGACUCUAGAGGAUGAGGUUAAGGAAAUGAAUGAAAAGCUGUCAGCAGCAAACUCUGAGAUCAAUACCAAGGAAAGCAUGGUAAAACAACAUGCUAAAGUAGCUGAAGAAGCUGUAUCAGGCUGGGAAAAGGCUGAGGCUGAAGCUUUGGCAUUGAAGAACCAUCUAGAAUCUGUUACUCUUUCAAAACUCACAGCUGAGGAUCGCGCUACACAUUUGGAUGGUGCUCUUAAAGAGUGUAUGCGACAAAUUCGAAACCUUAAGGAAGAACAUGAACAGAAAAUACAGGAAGUUGCUCUCUCAAAAACCAAGCAAUUAGACAAGAUUAAGGGGGAGCUUGAGGCAAAAAUAGUAAACUUUGAGCAGGAACUUCUUAGGUCUGCUGCUGAAAAUGGGGCCCUGUCAAGGUCAUUGCAAGAGCGCUCCAACAUGCUAAUGAAACUAAGCGAAGAAAAGGCUCGUGCUGAGGCUGAAAUCGAGCUUCUUAAGGGCAACAUAGAAGCAUGUGAAAGGGAAAAUAAUUCACUUAAGUAUGAACUUCAUGUUGUUUCCAAAGAGCUUGAAAUUCGCAAUGAAGAAAAAAACAUGAGUAUGAGGUCUGCAGAAGCUGCUAACAAGCAGCAUAUGGAGGGUGUAAAAAAAAUUGCUAAGUUAGAGGCUGAGUGCCAAAGAUUACGUGGUCUUGUGAGGAAAAAGUUACCUGGUCCUGCUGCACUUGCACAGAUGAAGCUAGAAGUUGAAAACCUUGGCCGAGAUUUUGGAGAAAGUCGAUUAAGGAAGUCACCUGUUAAGCCUGCUAGCCCUAAUUUGUCUUCAUCACCCGAUUUCUCUGUUGAAAGUGUACAGAAAUUCCAGAAGGACAAUGAAUUUCUUACAGAGCGUUUGUUGGCAAUGGAAGAAGAAACAAAGAUGCUGAAAGAAGCUUUAGCUAAACGUAACAGUGAAUUGCAGGCCUCAAGGAGUAUGUGUGCUAAAACACUGAGCAAACUUCAAAGUUUGGAAGCACAAUUUCAGACAGGUAACCAGCUGAAAGGAUCUCCAAAAUCCAUCAUCCAGAUAACUCAUGAAAGCAUUUAUAAUCAAAGCGCAAGCGAUGCACCAAGCUUAGUCUCCAUGUCUGAAGAUGGAAACGAUGAUGCAGUAAGUUGUGCUGAAUCUUGGUCUACAGCAAUCGUCUCUGGGACAUCCCAGUUCUCUAAAGAAAAAUGCACUGAGGAAUCAAGCAAGUCUGAAGCUACUAAGAAGUUGGAACUAAUGGAUGACUUUCUGGAGGUGGAGAAGUUGGCUCGUUUGUCAAAUGAUUCCAACGUGGAUGCCACUGUUUCAGUUUCUUCAAACAAUAAGACAACAGACAUUGUGACUGACAAUGUAUCAGAAAUUAGUACCGGCAAAGAUGGUCUGUCUGAAAAAAAUGGAAAUUCAGAUCCAUUGCCAAAUCAAGUGUCUUCUGAUCCUCAAUCUGAUGUUGGUCGCUUGUUAUUGACAGAACUUAGAUCAAGAAUAUUACUGGUUUUUGAGUCCUUAGCUAAGGAUGCUGACAUAGGGAAGAUUGUGGAGGAUAUUAAACAUGUGCUUGAAGAUUCUCAUGACACUACCAACCACGAUUCUAAGGAUGCCCAUCCUUCUAAUGUUACAUGUGAUAGGAAGGAUAAUCCGGAAGAUGCUGGCAUAAACCUUGAAAAUAAAACCGUGUCAUCCCAGCAACCCAAAGAAUAUGUGCAGAUAACUUCAGAUUUGGAAGCUGCGAUUUCUCAGAUUCAUGACUUUGUAAUGUUCCUUGGGAAGGAAGCAAGGACAUUUCAUGGUGUAUCAUCUGAUGCAAACGAAAUGAGGCUAAAGAUUGAGGAGUUCUCUGUCACAUUUAAUAAAGUAUUAUGCAACAAUGCAAGUUUACUACAGUUUGUUCUUGACUUGUCCUAUGUUCUAGAUAAAGCAAGUGAAUUCAGAUUUGAUGUCCUUGGCUACAAGGGCACAGAAGCUGAAACUAACAGUCCUGAUUGCAUAGAUAAGAUUGCUUUGCCUGAAAAUAAGUUAGUAGAAGACAAUGCAUCUGGAGAAAGAUAUCAAAAUGGUUGUUGCCAUGUUCUUAAUCCGUGUUCUAACCCUGAGGUCCCCGAUGAUGGAAAUUUGGCCUCAGGCUAUAAAGCGGAUGCUGCACCACGGAAGCUGUCAAUAGAAGAGUUUGAAGAAUUGAAACUAGAGAAAGAUAAAGUGGUGAUUGAUCUGUCAAAUUGUACUGAAAAUCUUGAAAUGAAAAAGUCUCAAUUGCUUGAGACUGAGCAACUUCUAGCUGAAAUUAGAUCACAAUUGGCUUCUGCUCAAAACUCAAACAGUUUGGCUGAGACACAGCUAAAGUGCAUGGCAGAAUCAUACAAGUCACUUGAAACACGUUCCCAGGACUUGGAAACUGAGCUAAACCGUCUGCAAAUCAAGAUAGAAUCUCUAGAGAAUGAACUUCAAGACGAAAAGAGGGCUCAUGAAAUGGCUUUGGUCAGGAGCAAGGAUCUAGAAGAGCAGUUACAAAGGAUUGAGUGCUCGGCAGCUGAUAAUGACGUCAAGACUUCUCAUGAUAAAGAUUUGGCAUCUGCUGCUGAAAAGCUAGCCGAGUGUCAAGAAACCAUAUUUCUUCUGGGCAAGCAGCUAAAUGCUCUACGUCCACAAACUGACCCAAUUGACUCAUCAUACAGUAAGAUAACUCCAAAGGAUGAAGGCUUCACAGAAGAGGAAGCUACCACUAAUAGCCCAAAAUUUCAAGAAUUGGGUCAGUCGGAGUUGGAUAAUGCUACUUCUGCAUUUGUGCAAAGAUUGAGUUCGGAGUCUCCCUUGCAUUUUUCCAACAGUUUAUUUAGCCCAUCAGAUAGCGAGUCCACCCUUCCAGCCAGAUCCCCAGUACAGCAUUCUAAAACAAAACCCAAACACAGGCCUACCAAGUCAGCCUCUUCUUCAGCUUCCUCUGCCACUACACCUGAUAAACAUGCACGGGGAUUCAGUAGAUUCUUUUCACCAAAAGGAAAAGCUGGUCAUUGAUGACAUUUGAAAAACACCUAGCUCCAAACCCUUCAUGUUUGACAGAAUUGAGUUUUUGGGGAGGUUUGUGUAAUUAAGGAGGGGAUAAGAUGAGUGCCAGGUGAUUUUUGUAUGUAAUGGUUGUACCAUAUGUUUUCUUCUUUUGCUUGUCAUUGUUUUGGCCCCUGUUCUGUAAUUUAAGUAGCAAAGGACAAACGUUGACAUAGUCUCUGAACUUUUACAGGAUGUGUUGAAUAUGUUUUAUUUCACAAAUUUAUCCAUACCAUGAUUUUUUCA